UCAUUCCUUAUCAUCUCCCCUUUCAGGUGAGAACACAUCAAGUGACGACAGAGGAUUGGUGUCGUGCCCAGCAGCAAUUGGAAAAAAAUCACCAAUUGUACUUGAAGAUAUUCAUCAGCUCUAGCCUAGAGCGCCACGUUGACUCCACAUUCCACUUGGAAAGUGCCCGCCAUUUACUUCAUCGAUUUUCUCAAUCGAUCAAUUCCAGUACUUCACUGGAAGGCGCCGCCAUUUUUGCUUUCGGAAGUGUUGUCAUUCCAAAACGUAAACAAACAUGGAGGAAGAACUUUUGCAUGUUUUGAGAUCGACCAAGGAACUUCUCAAACUCCAAGCGAAAAUGAGUGAGGAUCAACAUGCUGAGUUCAUGGCUACCCUUCACCAGAUGAAUACUUCAAAUGACAAACGCCCAGAGCUCACAAUUGAAGCUCUUUCCGGCACAAUUGAAUUGUUCACGUACGAUCCAGACAACAAUGUGACAUUUGAUAUUUGGUUUGCCAAAUAUGAGGAUGUUUUCCGUGAGGAUGCGAAGGCUCUGGACGACGCUGGACGUACAAGAUUGUUACUCAGGCGUUUGGACAACAUUGCUCAUGCAAGGUAUGUCAAUUACAUUUUACCGUCUGCGCCCCGUGACAAAAAGUUCGACGAGACAGUCAGUGUUUUACGCACGAUUUUCGGCCGAGGUGAAAGUCUCUUUGGAAGGAGAUGGAAGUGCCUUCAAAUGCAAAAACGUGAAUCGGACGAUUAUACAACAUAUGCUGCCACUGUCAAUAGAGCUUGUGAGGAUUUCCAGUUCUCAACAGUCACGCCAGACUAUUUCAAAUGCUUGAUAUACCUACUCGGGCUUCAAGGCGAUGCUCAUAAAGAUGUGCGUACACGACUUCUGAACAAGUUAGAGACCGAGGAUAUUUCUAACCUGAACCUGGAGCUCAUGGUCACGGAAUCAAAACGCCUUCUGUGCCUCAAGAAGGAUAGUGCCCGAAUUGAGUCAUCCGUCAAACAGGAGCCUGCCUCCGUCAACAAGGUUCAUACAAAGAAGCCUUUCAAAAAGGAUUCUCAGCAGAAGCAGAAGAAGACACCCAGCUCUCCGUGCUGGUUAUGCGGAGCAAUGCACUACGUGCGUGAAUGCACAUUCAAAAAUCACACUUGCUCAGAGUGUGGUUCCAAGGGGCAUCGUGAGGGGUACUGCGGUCUUGGUGAGAGCCAUAAGAAGAAGCUUAAGGGUAAGAAGCAGCCUCAACAGCGAUCUCAAGUCAAUAUGGUAGCCAACGCACCCUCUGGACGGAAGUAUAUCGCCGUCACAAUCAACAAUUCUCCGCUUUCUCUCCUGUAUGAUACAGGAUCGGAUCUGACAAUCAUCUCUCAAGAAAACUGGAUACAACUUGGAUCACCACCACUCACCCCAACUCGAGAUCAUCCUCAUGAUGCUCAGGGAAACACCAUUCGUCUUCUGGGUGAGUUUUACCCUUCUAUCUCUUGCAACAAUAUUAACAAUAGAAGUGGACGGUGUGUGGUAGCUGAGGCCAAUAUAAAUUUAUUUGGUACGGAUUGGAUUACUCUUUUUAACCUUUGGGACACUCCAAUCACGAAGAUUUGCAAUCAUGUGUCUACCUCUGAUUUUAUUGCAUCUCUCAAAGACAAUUACCCCAGGGUUUUCUCUUCUACUCUUGGGAAGUGCACUAAAGGCCAAGUCUCAUUGCAAUUAAAGCAGAAUGCUACACCGGUAUUUCGCCCCAAAAGACCCGUGCCAUUUCACCUUAUGGAAAUGGUUGAGGACGAAUUGCAACGCCUGGUGAACCUGCAAAUUAUUACUCCCGUAGACUAUAGUGACUAUGCUGCCCCAAUAGUUGUAGCUCGCAAACCCAACGGGAAAAUUCGAAUUUGUGCGGAUUACUCAACCGGAUUAAAUGAGAUUCUUGAGUUUCAUCAUUAUCCAAUACCUACGCCAACUCAAAUUUUUGCGUCUCUCGGAAACAAUUCAGUUUUCUCCCAGCUAGAUCUUUCUGAUGCCUAUUUACAGCUGGAAAUGGACGAGCCUUCAAGGAAAAUACUCACUAUCAAUACGCAUAGGGGGUUAUUCACAUUUAAUAGACUUUGUCCAGGCAUAAAAUCUGCUCCCGGUAUCUUCCAACAGACCGUGGAUACCAUGCUUCAAGGCAUAACGGGCGUUUCGGCUUACUUUGAUGACAUUUUGGUAGCCUCGUCCACAGUCCAAGGCCACAUGGACUCGCUCAAUAAAAUUUUUCAACGUCUUGAAGAUUUUGAUUUUCGCGUACGAUUAGAGAAAUGCAAAUUCUUUCAAUCUGAGCUAAAAUUUCUCGGAAUUAUCAUUAACGGUCAGGGGCAACACCCAGAUCCUGCGAAAAUCUCAGCUAUUGUUUCAAUGCCCGAACCAUCAAACAUUAAUGAACUUCGUUCAUUUUUGGGAGCUGUUACCUUUUACUCAAAAUUUGUAAACUCCAUGAGUACACUACGUGCUCCAUUGGACCGCCUCUUCCGCGCAAAUGCUCAAUGGAAGUGGACUUCAGACUGUCAACAUGCAUUUAAUCAGCUGAAGGCAAUUCUCUCAUCCAACUUACUUCUUACACACUACGACCCAGUAUUACCAAUAACUGUGGCUGGGGAUGCAAGUGAAGUUGGAAUCGGCUGUGUGGGAUAUCAUACAUACCCUGACGGAUCAGUAAAAGCGUUCCACCAUGCUUCACGUACUUUAACUGAUACCGAAAAGCGUUAUUCGCAGAUUGAAAAAGAGGGACUCGCACUCAUCUUUGCGGUGACCAAAUUACAUCAGUACAUAUUUGGUCGCAAGUUCAUUCUCCACACAGACCAUAAGCCUCUUCUCGCCAUUUUUGGCUCAAAGAAGGGAAUCCCUACACAUUCAGCAAAUCGUCUUCAGCGUUGGGGCCUUACCUUACUAUCUUAUUCAUUUGAAAUAAAAUACAUAAACACGGAUUCAUUUGGAUAUGCGGACGUAUUGAGUAGACUCAUCGCGGCACAGUCAAAAGACGAACAAGAUGAUUUCAUCGUUGCUGAAGUCAAACAGGAAGACUUCCUAAAGCGAGAACUGGGAUGCAGCAUUUCUCAGUUCUCCCCUGUUACAUUCAAAAGAGUCCAAGAGUGUACAGCUGCCUGCACUACUCUACAAAAAGUCAUUAAAUUCGUACAAUCUGGGUGGCCUUCCGCCAAGAAAAACAUUACAUCCAGUGAAGUACAAAGUUUUUUUGACUUGAAAAAUUCGUUAACACUCACGAGAACAUGCUUGCUUUACCGAGACCGGCUUGUCAUUCCCCAACCAUUGCGCAAGGACAUACUCAAAACUUUGCACUCAGGACAUCCAGGCAUCGUUAGAAUGAAAGCACUUGCUAGAUGCUUCGUAUAUUGGCCGGGGAUCGACGAGGACAUCAAGUCAGUUGUGAAAACAUGUUCCCUAUGUGCUCUGGCGGCCCGAUCUCCGGUAACAUGUGAACUGUUUUCGUGGCCAAUUUGCACACGACCGUGGCAACGUGUGCAUAUUGAUUUUGCCGGACCUGUGGAUGGAGUGUCAUUUUUCAUCAUGAUUGACGCUUUCUCGAAAUGGCCAGAGGUCUUCAUCACAAAAUCCAUUUCAACCUCUGCCACAAUUUCUUGGAUGUGGGAAUCGUGCUCGCGAUAUGGAUUCAUGGAAGUGCUAGUUUCGGACAAUGGCACGCAGUUUACAAGUUCAGCGUUCUCUCAAUUUUGCGAAACACAUGGCAUCAAGCAUAUCCGUACGUCUCCAUAUCACCCACAAAGCAAUGGCUUGGCAGAGAGGUUCGUUGAUACACUGAAACGGGGUCUCAAGAAAAACAGUGACAUCACCGAUACUUCUCAGGCGCUUCAAACAUUCUUGAUGGCGUAUAGGAAUACGCCCAAUGAAAAUACUCAUAACGGCGCUGCACCAGCUCAACUUAUAUUUGGUAGGUCUCUCAGAACGCAAUUGGCCUUGCUUAAACCGAUUGAAGAACAAAGUCAACUCAGAAAUACUAAGAUGGAAGAGCAGUUCAAUCUAAAGCAUGGCGCCCGUUCGCGUUCCUUUGAGGAGGGAGAGAGAGUCUAUGUAAAAAUUUUCAAGCAAAAUGGAUUUAAAUGGGAACCAGGACGUAUAAUCGAACGCAUUGGCUCGGUUAACUACAAUAUUGAGGUUUUCCUCAGCUCAGCAAAUAAGCUUAUCCGAGCCCAUAUCAAUCAGAUUAACCCUAGAUCUGUGCCCGAUGGUAACAGUGCUGAUACUUCUUUGGAGCUCGUUGACCUCCUUGAUGAUAGCCAUCCUAAACCUGAACAUCCAACUGACACAGAUCAGAUGCCGGAUUCGACUCCAACGACUUCUCGGCCUUCACGUUUCCGUGUGAACCCUCGACACCCUACACGCACAUCAUUGCCAUUCUUGCGCUCCAGAGUACGGCAGUGAGGUGGUUCAUUUAAAAAAAAAAGGAGGGAGAUGUUGUGACGGAAUCCGGCCCUGCCUAAAGGUGUGGAACGUGGGCUCGCUUCCACACUAAAAGUAGUAUCUACUGGAGUGAGUCUGUCUUUUUCUGCGCAGCCUUAGUGACGAGCACAUUAAUUUAGUCUUGUGAACUUUAAGAUAUAAUAUCAAUUAUAUCAGUGAAUUAGAUCAAGUGUUUCAUUUAUUUGGUGGAUGGGAAUAGUGGUGUCUCUAUCUAAACACUCGGCAUUUGGGGCCCCCAUCAGGAUUCGGCGACAACGCUGGAAUACUAACUCAUUCCUUAUCAUCUCCCCUUUCAGGUGAGAACACAUCAGUAAAUAUCAUGAAAAUUCCUUAAUAAUGCAAAAUCACAUCAAAACUAAGACAAAUCAUGGCAAAUUUGAGCAUAUUUGAUUCAUUUGAUAAUCAUCAUCAAACUUGAAAAAUGUCAACAAACUUUUUUCAAAUUUAACAAAUUUAAUUGGCGCCAAAUAUUAUAUGUUUUGAAUAUUUUACGGCGUUUCUGUAACUUAUUCGAAAAAAACCUCCUGAGGGUAUGCAAAUUUUCUGUAUGCAUAAAGCCAUUUCGCACGAUUUUCUUCGGUCCCGAAAAUGUGCAUAAUCCCGGGACCCCCUGUAACUGGAAUUAAGCUUCCGUUUCUAAUAGGAAUUCUUUUGGGAUAAGUCCCGACUCCAUUUGAUAGUCGUAUCUUUUACUUUUCACUGAGAGAUUUCGAAAGGGGCGUGGCUUUUUUUGCAAACGGAUUCUGCAAGGACAGCUCAUAAAUAGAGAAUAAGUUUAAAAGAGCUUUAGAUGCUACAAAGUUCUGCUACUAAACUCUUAAAAAAUAUCAUGAAAACCUAAUUUGGCCAUAUCCCCUGAAGGGCCUUCUGUAAGCUGAAACUAUGCAAAAAAUGGGCGGGGCUUGUUUAGUAAGUUGGACCAAUGCGUUAAUAAAUGGAGAUUUAACCCAUUCAGUCAAUGUACCAGAAAUACUUGAGAUAGGAUGUUCAUAUUUUGGGAUUAGUUUCUUACAGAUUAGUAGAUGAAUUUUUUGAAAAGAAAAAAAUUUUAUCUCAUAUGGGGGCGCGGGGAGCCUCUGUCAAACACACAUCUUAACGGUCACUGAAUUUAAAUUCUGUGCAUUAAUUCAUUACAAACUCUAUUGCUUUAGAUAGAGUGACUAUCCAAGAAAACAAAUUGGCAACUAGAAUUCAAAUCAGGAAAGAGGAAAGAGGCCAAUUUUAACAAAUUCAACGGGAUGUCGUAUUUUCCCCGAAGCAAGAAAAUAAUAACAAAAUGUAAUUUCAUCUCUGUCGGACUAUUUUUCUCAAGUAAUUGAAUAACUAACGUUACUAAAAAUCCAUUCCCGACAGCAAUUCGGAUAAAAAUUGCCCAGAAACAAAUCAUCAAAAAUCACUCAAUUUGCGUAUGAUAUAUAAUACCAUGGUAAGGAAUGGGUUAAAGAAAAAAAUCUGUGAAAAAAUAAACUUCAGUAAUAAUUGGUCUUUGCUUAAAAUUGUCUAAAUUUUGUACAUUUUCAAAAUUUUUAUGGGAAGGACUUAAAAUUUUGUUAGACAGAAACCUCAUGAACCUCAUCGAUAUUCCAUCUGAAUGUACUGCUAAAAAGAUUGUGUCAAAAAGAAAAGAAAGGAAAAUGAAAGAGAUUUGUAUGAAGAUGCCUAUAUUAAUUGUAAAUGUUAUUUAUUUGUUUUCUUCUUUUCGAAAGUUUCUGUGUUUGAAAAUAUCUUUGAAUGGGAUGAAAUUGAACAGAAAAGCGAUCAUUUCUCGCAAAAAUAUCAACACAGCUUAAUGCAAGAAACUGUUCACUGAAGAGAGAACAAGCAAAAUUAAUCAAAGUUGUGUUCGUUUUUUGAUUUACAACGUCCUUGUUUUAUCCUUAAUCUUUUUUUUUACAAUGGAGAAACUUUUAUCGACUAUCUACACACCUAAAUCUGUUUUCAUUAAUAAUUAAACUUUUUUUCUUUCUUAUGGAAGUCUACAUUUAUAUAAUUUUAUUUUUCUUUUCAUGUCUUAUUCUUCUAUAAUGUGUAUUUUUGCCUUUUUACAAGAUUCUCUUUUGCUUAUUUAUAUUCUUUCACAGUGAAAAGAAAACCGAAAGAAAUUCACUUUUGAGUUUAACAAGGCGAUAAAACACAGAAGAAUGUUCUAUUUAUCAAAUUCUUUUUGUUCUUUCUUUCCCAAACAAAAAAAAAACCUAUAAGAAAAUGGAAAGAAAAAAAAUAUCCUUACUAUAUUUUGCCCGUGUGGACAAAGGAAACAAAGAAAUUAUUUGUUGUACAAAAGAGAAAAGAAAAGAAAGGAAGGAAAACUAAAUAAAAUUCAGUAUCAGAAAUGUUUUUUUUUUCUUUGAAAAGAAACUCUAAUUAAAAAAAAAAACAGAGGAAAAGUAAGAGACGAUCCGGAAACAAUUUAAGUUAUCACUUCUAAUAAAAAUAGAAGAAUUCUACAAAUUAAUUUAAAAAAAAAAAGAAAAAAGAAAGAAAACAUGACUGAAUAAGAGUGUCGAGAAGCUACAAAUAAUUAAAUUAUUUACUAGCACAGAAAUACAAUAAUUUUUUUAGACUAACAUAUAAAUUAAAAAAAAGAAGAAAAAGUGAAAAGUAAAUUUGCAUAAAAAGAAAUUGUUUUGUAAUUGAA